CUGCAACGCUGACAUGAUCGUCAGGAGUGUUUUGUGUAUACUGAGCCUGCUGUGCUGUACCUGCGUCACAGCCAAGGCGGUCUACUAUGAAGAGAAGCCGCCAACCCCCGAAGAGCUCACCUUCUUAAAGAAAUAUGGCUACUUAUCCGCACCUGACGAUCUAGGAGUUGGUGAUGAGGCCGACUAUGCGUACACACCGCACUCCAUAUCCGACGCCCUGAAGAAGAUGCAAGCGUUUGCUGGUCUUCCGGAAACCGGCACCUUAGAUCCUGAGACUAAACAGCUCUUCAAGAAAAAGCGUUGUGGUGUGAAAGAUAUUGAGACGUCUACUGCAUCAUCGAGGAGUCGGAGGUACAUCUUACAGCAAGCAUGGAACAAGAAAUACAUAACCUACAGAGUGGUGAACGGUUCCAGUACGAUGAACAAGUCCCGAGUUGAGGAAUGGAUGGAGGUAGGACUCGGGAUAUGGGCGCCACACGGAGACUUACGCUUCAGUCGCAUUGAGGAAGGCCGCGCUGACAUACAAGUCUCAUUUGUGAGUGGAGAUCAUGGGGACGGGUUUCCAUUUGACGGUCCGGGUCAUGUCGUAGCGCAUGCCUUCCCUCCACCACACGGAGCUAUGCAUUUUGAUGACGAAGAAACAUGGGGUGACAACCCUGAAGAAGAAGACGAAGAGGUCACGGACUUCUUUGCUGUCGCUGUGCACGAGAUAGGACAUGCGCUAGGGUUGUCUCACUCCAAUGAGAAGUUAUCAGUCAUGUACCCCUAUUACCAGGUGCCAGUUGAGAGGCUACAUAUGGAUGAUAUUCUAGGAAUGCAAGAGUUGUACUUAAAAGACCAGGAGACGUCAGGAGAAAGCACCGAGGGGCCAGUGUCGCAGACAUCCUUGGUGCCGCGGUUCACGAAGGCUGGCAGUGAGGAGGAUGAGAACUACAUGCCUGACCUGUGUCUGACCAACUAUGACACGCUGCAGGUCAUCAACGACAAGAUCUUUGUCUUUGAAGAGGAGUGGGUGUGGGUACUGCGUGACCGCCACGAGAUGGAGGAAGGCUACCCGAAGCGCUUCCACGACGUCUUCCGCGGACUGCCGCUCAACGUCAACAUCAUCAAAACUAUUUAUCAGAGACAGAACGGAGAUGUUCUCAUUUUUUCAGGCAAGUUAACCAUACUUCCAGUUGGUCGACGUUACUGGAUGUUCGACAGCUCAUUCCACUUCAUCAAACAAGGGUCUAUUUCGGAGUACUUAAUACCCAAAGAGGUGACAGAACUGACGACUGUGUUCCUCUCAAACUAUAACAAUAAAACGUAUCUGAUCGAGGAGGAGAGGUACUGGCGGUUUGACGAGGGGACGGGCACCAUGGACCCCAAGUAUCCAAAGGACAUGUCCAUGUGGCGGCAGGUGCCUUAUCCUGUGGACGCUGCAGUCGUGUGGAAGGGAGAUACCUACUUCUUUCAAGGCCCUCGGUUCUGGAGGUUUGACAACGAGCUGGUGCAGGCCCACGAGUACUACCCACUGCCGACGGCGCAGGUCUGGUUUAAAUGCAAUUCCACUAGCGAGAUGGACCAGUACAUCACCAACGAUGGACCAUAAGUUAUAAGAAGAAUAAGUCUGCUAAUUUGUUUCCGACUUUACACAAUUGCGAUAGAAUUCUUUUCAGGUUGAACACCUAACAUGUGUUAAUUUGUUGUGUCCGACUAUUAAUUCCGCCUCUAAGGACUCGUUUUAAGUCUCAACCAAACCAAUAAAAUAAUCAAAAC